AUGACUUUCUGUGAAACCUUGGGAUCUCCCAAAAGUGCAUUUGAUCUCAAAAGUGAAGCUACAGAUACCGAAUCUGAUACUGAAAGUGAAUCUACAGAUACAGAAUCCGACUUGAGGAGGUUUUCCCUUCCGGAAACGAUGAACCCACACAUCGACUCGGAUUUGAAUCUCUCUGCAUCAAAUAUCUUUCUUUGGAUCCAUAAAAUUUGCAGGUUCAACAGUAAAGUCGAGCUGUCGAAUUUUCUGGGCAGUAUAGAUUCUCUUCCAGAUGCAUUUGAUGCAAUUUUAAACACUACAUUGACUUUUGAACUUCACACAAAUCCAUAUGGAAUCCCAAUUUUGGCUUUUAAGAUUCCGCUUGAUUAUACAAAACGAUUUCUUAAUGGAGAGUUUGACUUAGUGGCGUCAGAAAACCACAGCCUUGUUAACUUUAUAUCCACAAAGGUCAACCCAUCAUGCUCCAUUAACAAAGCUGCCAUUGAUUUGUAUGAGCAAUUCAUUCUUGAUCUCUCAAAGCUAGAAGAUCAGCUUAGGAAUAAACCGUUGAUUAUAACUGGACAGUCUCUAGGGGGGUACCUGGCAAUUCUUUUCACAUUAAGGCUCCAACAUGCUGCAGAUAUUGAAGAAGCCAAUGGUGCUAAGAAAUAUAAACAGCCGAUUUGCAUAACUUUUGGUUCACCCCUGCUUGGUGAUGAGGCCCUUCAACGUGCCAUUGGUGAACGCCGAGCAUGGAAAUCCAGCUUCCUGAAUGUGGUCACCAGAAGAGAUCCUCUUGCUUGUUUUUUCACAUCAAAAACAAUUUACAAGCCUUUUGGUACAUUCCUGUGUUGCACAGAAUCAGGUGGGCAUGCAGCUUUUGAAGAUCAAGAGGCAAUCCUAGCAGUUUUAGACACAAUGGCGGCAUUGAAUGCUGAAAAGAAAGAAAUACCUGAUUAUGGGAACGAUAUGAAAUCAAUCAAAAGGAAGGUUCUUUAUCGGGGGGCUGUUGAACCAGGCGAACCUUACUUGAAUACAUUAAGGGAAGGAAUUAUAUUUCAGUUUAAGGAAGUUGGUGCGUUGGGUGAUAUUUCAGAUGAUUUGAUUCUAAGAAUAGAGGCGAAACAAGUACGCAAGAUUAGAAGCCAUACUAUUACGUACAGCUACGAGCCUACAAAGAAGCUCAACGACAUGAAGAUAAGUUUAACAUACAUGGAAUGGUACAUGAAGAGCAGAAGAUCACAAGGAGGUUACUACGAUAGCUACAAAAGCCCCAAAACUAAACAAGAAAUCCAGAUGCAACAAGAAAUCCUUAAGCAUAAGCAGUACUUGGACCUGUAUUUUGAUAAGCUUGUUGGAGAAAAGGAACAAAUGCCACUACAAGAAGGUGCAAAGCUUCGUAUGCGUUGGCUUUUGAGUGCAAACAACUACAGAAUGAUUGUUGAGCCCCUAGGGAUAGCCGAUCACUAUAGAAUAGGCUACACGAACUACAUUCGGACUAGGAAGUACCAUUAUUAUCUGAUAGAGAAGUGGUAUGAUGAAAUUGGGGGUUCAUAUGGAAGAGUUAGUAGAAAUAGGGCUAGUAGUCUUACAGUGGAUUCUUGCUUCUGGGCUCAUGUAGAGGAGGCGUGGAUUGUAUUAAGAGACUUGAGGAAGGAAGGAUCGAGCAACAAUGCAGACGACAUCAUUAAAAGACUGGAGCAGUUUGAGGCUUAUUUGAUGAAUGGUAUCAACAACUUUGACGUGUCGCCGGAAAUUUUCUUGGAUGGGAGCAGCCUGAUGGAAUGGUGGAAGGAGUACAAAGAAUACAAAGGAAACUCGUACGUUUCUGAGUUUGCUAAUUACAUGAACAGUGGGAACUACAGAAUGUAUCAGUAAUUCAAGUCUGGUUUGUGAAUAAUAUACUUAAUUAUUUUCUUCAGUUAUUAAUACUUGUCUGUUUACAAAA